AUGGCAGUGGUAUCUUAUUCAAGAUUUUUAGAUAGUGCAAUAAUGGGAUUAUUCACAAUUUGCUUAUCGGGAUUAACUCUAUAUCUGUUUGGAGAGUUUUGGGGUUUGUGCCAAACUCCUCCAUUAUCAAAGUGGAGCAUUGGUCGUGUAAUGUCUACACUAUUUCCUUUCAAACGAUCUUUUGAUGUCAACUUGACACAUAUCCUUCUAUUUACAAUUAUCAUUUGUCUAUUAAGCUUAAGACCCAUGGAAGAUCCCAACUAUCACCAAUCUUCAAGCUCCAAUAGAGGAGAUAAGAGAGAAUAG